UUUCGCGGGGCGGAAGCGUUGGCAGGGCGCGCCGGUGGGCCUGAGGGAGGCCGGCGCGCAGGCGGUCCCAGGGCGGGUGGCGGCGGCGGCAGCGGGAGUGGCUGCUCGGCAGGCAGCGAGAGUGGCUGCUCGGCAGGCAGCGGGAGUGGCUGCUCGGCAGGCAGCGGGAGUGGCUGCUCGGCAGGCAGCGGUGUGGGCCACGCUGCGGCCGGGCCCGGGGCUCGAUUAGCUCUGUUGGAGAUUAAACACUUGGGAGAGGAAAAUGACAUCGAUUAUCAAGUUGACUACACUUUCAGGGGUGCAAGAGGAAUCUGCCCUUUGCUAUCUGUUGCAAGUAGAUGAGUUUCGUUUUCUUUUGGACUGUGGCUGGGAUGAAAACUUUUCUAUGGAUAUUAUUGAUUCUCUGAAAAAACAUGUACACCAAGUUGAUGCUGUUCUUCUUUCUCAUCCUGAUCCUCUACACCUUGGUGCACUUCCAUACGCAGUUGGAAAAAUGGGGUUGAAUUGUGCCAUUUAUGCAACUAUUCCUGUAUAUAAAAUGGGACAGAUGUUCAUGUAUGAUCUCUACCAGUCCCGCCAUAAUACCGAAGAUUUCACACUCUUUACAUUGGAUGAUGUAGAUGCAGCCUUUGAUAAGAUACAACAGCUGAAGUUUUCUCAGAUUGUGAACUUGAAAGGCAAAGGACAUGGUUUGUCAAUCACGCCACUGCCAGCUGGACACAUGAUAGGAGGCACAAUCUGGAAGAUUGUCAAGGAUGGGGAGGAAGAAAUUGUUUAUGCAGUUGAUUUCAACCACAAGAGGGAGAUUCAUCUGAAUGGAUGUUCCUUGGAAAUGCUGAGCAGGCCUUCAUUGCUUAUUACAGAUUCAUUUAAUGCUACUUAUGUACAACCCAGAAGGAAGCAAAGGGAUGAACAGCUACUGACUAAUGUUUUGGAGACAUUGCGAGGUGAUGGAAAUGUGUUAAUAGCGGUGGAUACAGCAGGUAGAGUUCUGGAGCUUGCUCAACUCCUUGAUCAGAUCUGGAGAACUAAGGAUGCAGGAUUAGGAGUCUACUCCCUAGCACUUCUGAAUAAUGUCAGCUACAAUGUAGUGGAGUUUUCUAAAUCACAGGUUGAAUGGAUGAGUGACAAGUUGAUGAGGUGCUUUGAGGACAAGAGAAACAAUCCUUUUCAGUUCCGCCAUCUCUCCUUAUGUCAUAGUUUGUCUGAUCUGGCACGAGUGCCGAGUCCAAAAGUUGUUCUUGCCAGUCAGCCUGACUUAGAGUGUGGGUUUUCUAGAGAUCUUUUUAUUCAGUGGUGCCAGGACUCCAAAAACUCUAUAAUUUUAACUUACCGGACUACACCUGGAACAUUAGCACGAUUCCUGAUUGAUAAUCCUUCUGAGAAGGUUAUUGAUAUUGAGUUGAGGAAACGUGUCAAGUUGGAAGGAAAAGAACUUGAAGAAUACCUAGAAAAGGAGAAACUAAAGAAAGAAGCAGCUAAGAAGUUAGAACAGUCUAAAGAGGCAGAUAUCGAUUCCAGCGAUGAGAGUGAUGCUGAAGAGGAUAUUGAUCAGCCAACUGUACAUAAGACCAAACAUGAUUUGAUGAUGAAAGGUGAAGGUAGCCGGAAAGGCAGCUUCUUCAAGCAAGCAAAGAAGUCUUAUCCAAUGUUUCCAGCCCCUGAAGAAAGAAUUAAAUGGGAUGAAUAUGGCGAGAUUAUCAAACCUGAGGAUUUUCUAGUUCCAGAACUUCAAGCAACAGAAGAAGAAAAAAGCAAAUUAGAAUCUGGUCUGACAAAUGGAGAAGAGCCUAUGGACCAGGAUUUAUCAGAUGUUCCUACCAAAUGUAUUUCUGCAACAGAAUCAAUGGAAAUUAAAGCCAGAGUUACAUAUAUUGACUAUGAAGGACGCUCAGAUGGUGACUCAAUUAAAAAAAUUAUUAACCAAAUGAAACCAAGACAACUGAUCAUUGUCCAUGGACCACCUGAGGCCAGUCAGGACCUUGCAGAAUGUUGCAGAGCUUUUGGUGGAAAAGAUAUUAAAGUUUAUAUGCCAAAACUACAUGAAACUGUAGAUGCAACCAGCGAAACUCACAUUUACCAGGUCAGGUUAAAAGAUUCUCUUGUCAGCUCCCUUCAGUUCUGUAAAGCCAAGGAUGCCGAGUUGGCUUGGAUAGAUGGUGUUCUGGACAUGCGGGUUUCAAAAGUGGAUACUGGAGUUAUUUUGGAAGAGGGGGAGCUGAGGGAAGAUGAAGAACUGGAGAUGCAAGUGGAUGUGCCUUCUUCAGACUCUAGUGUUAUUGCACAACAGAAGGCCAUGAAAAGCCUCUUUGGUGAUGAUGACAAGGAGAUGUGUGAGGAGAGCGAGAUUAUUCCUACUUUGGAACCUCUGCCACCCCAUGAGGUUCUUGGACAUCAGUCUGUGUUUAUGAAUGAGCCAAGGCUGUCUGACUUCAAGCAAGUUCUCUUGCGAGAAGGUAUUCAAGCUGAAUUUGUAGGAGGAGUGCUUGUGUGCAACAACAUGGUGGCCGUUCGCAGGACUGAAACAGGGCGCAUUGGAUUGGAAGGCUGUCUCUGUCAGGACUUCUACAGGAUAAGAGACCUUUUAUAUGAACAGUACGCUAUCGUCUAAGGAAAGUGCUGCAAAGAUGGUUUUAUUUGAACUUUUAAAGACAAUGGGGACUUCUCUCAAUUUUGACUUUUUGUAGCUUUCUAAUUUAUACAGAUGAAACCUAAUUCCUAAAGAACAAUUAACUACCCUGAACAUGUAAAUAAUUGCUACUCAUCUUCUUCAUAAAUCUGUUGGUACAUUCCAUGUUGUUGACUUUCAAACUGUUGCUGUCUCCCACAUAACACAUUGUAAAUGAAUUUAUGAUUAUCCUUCUUAGGAAAGUUUCAAAUUGUCAGAAUGUGUCUUGGUUUCACAGAUUCCCUGCCAAAGAAUACAAAAUAGAGCAAAGUUAUUCUUCUAUUUUAAAAUAACAUUAGAUGGGGAACCAUGAGUUGCUUUGGUUUUGUUCUUUUUGGUUCUUGUGUAGUUGGGGUUUUUGGUUUGAUUUCCUUUUGUUUGGUUGGUUUUAUAAAUAACUCUGAUUAGCAGGACAGUCAAGUGUGAUUUGUUUGUUUUGUUUGGUUUUUGUUCAUUUAAAUGAAGAUUAGCUAAAGUACAUUUUUAAUAGCCAUUUAAAGCUAGACUUAUCUAACAUCUCCCCGGUGUUAAUCUGACUGCAUCUUGGUCUUGCAUCUGCUGUGUCUUACUGAUUUGUUCCAAAACAGCAUUUCACAUUCUAUAUCAAAAAAUGUACUUUGGAAAGGUACUGCAAGAUGACUGGAUAAUACUGUCAGGCAGUUUAGAAUCCAGUGAUUGUGUGCUUCAGUGUAAUUUCUGUGCCAGCAUACAGAAUUUGCAACUUCAAGCUUUUGCAAAAUUAUGCCAACUGGAAAAUCUUUUUGAGUUCUGACUUUAAUCCUUCCAAAACCUAAAGCCUUUAUCUAUGCAGUGCUGUUUUUUUGGAGUGGUGUGAGUCAAGUUCAGGAAGAUCCUUUAUCUUGAAAUACGACUCGUGAUGUGUUUGAUGGUUUUGUGCCAUGUUUCAUUCUACUUGCAUGUGUUGUGCCAUUUUUCAUUCUAGUUGACAGUGGGACUUACUGUAGCUGCUGAUGCUGGGAAUUGACCUUUUUAGGUGAAAAUGAGCAGUUUUGGGUGCCUUAAUUUCUCAGAAAUUAACUUACUCAAAUGGCCUCUAGAGAGUUUAUUUAAUACUUCUUUUCCCUGUCCACAUAUGAACCACCAGCUUUGGCAGCGGAGAGUUGCUUGCUUGUUUUUACAUACAGCAGCAAUGUAAUUCAUACUUUCUGUGUGUCUGUUUAAAUAAAACACUUUUUAAAAAGUGGCAAAAAUAGCCCUGUGGGCUCUCAGUGAAAAGAUAACUUACUUUGCAGUUUAUUGCUGAGAAAUAGUUUUCUAUCUGAUCUACAGACUAUAUUCUGUUUUAAAUAGUAACUUAAAACUAAAGACCGUGUUAAAGCAAAACAAAAACAAAACAAGCACUUGUUAGAACUAUAUGCUAAAAAUGUAGAAACCUUGAAAACUGAAUACUCAGUGACAAUGUAUUUUGUUACACAAAGCAAACCAUAGCUAGGAAUGGCUUCAAUGUGCUGCUUUGCUUUUUUAUUAUUAUUUUUAUUUAUUUUCUAUUUUAUUGACAGCCACAACUUCAUAGAAAUGCUCUGGGUUUGUAGCUGGUUUGUAGCAAUGCUGUCUAAAUCUACAUGAUACUGGGUGCUUGUUGGUUAAUACUAUUGUAUUGUUGCUUAUAUUAAUGAACUUUCAUAAAGUGAACUUCUUGGUGCAUGAUGAUUUUGGCCUUAGGACUUGAGGGCUUAGCGUGGGCAGAGAUCACACAUGCCUGCAUGCAAUAUGCUAAUAAAGGAAAAAUCCCUUAGGAAAUCAAACUAAAAAUAGUGCUGUUCUUAAAGGAUAAAGACAGGACAGUCUGAUAAUAAAUCUAUCAGUUUUGUUUUUUUAACCUAUUGAUUCAAAUUCUGCACAGUUAAACAAAAGAUUAGGUUACUGUUUGCUAAAUUCCUGUGUUCUGUUAUAGGAGAACCCCAAAUUAGUGCCAUCACUAUGGAAGAGGUUCAAGCCUUGGUAUGAGCAAACCAGCUAAAUGUUCUUUUUCAGUCUAUUUAGCAUAAGUGUGGCUUGAAAUCAGACCUAGAAAGCUGAUACUCAAAGGCUUUUCAGUCAUCUGAGGACUGGGACUAGGGAAAGCUGUUUUUUUUGUGGACAAUUCUAGUAGUGAGAUGGGUGAAGGGGAAUACAGGAUGUCUGUACUAAACACAUGACAUGCUGCAUCUGCACUGUGGGGCAGGUGUGCUCCUUGGCUAUGUAUUCACUUGUGGAACUGAAGAGCAUUCUCAUAAAUUUUGCAGUCCUCUGUUAGCUCUCAUAUUAUUAUUGUUCUAUUUUAUUUUUUUCCUUAAGUGUGAUUAACUUUAAACAAUAAUUGAACUUCUCUGUAAUUUUCAAGGUUUCUAAUCAAAUUCUUGUUUGUAUCUGAAAUGAAAGAUUCAUUUCCCCUUACCUCCACAAAAUGUCAGUGCUGCCAUGGACUGUAAGCUGUAUUUUCUGACUUCUAUUUCUUCGCUAGCACUAAAAAUUUGAUACAGUGUAUCACUUUUUACUCUCUGCUGUAUUGCUUUUGAGGCCAAGAAUAUUAACUUCAAGUUAAGAAAAAAACCCAGUUUUGGUACUUACUUUGACCAUUCAGAAGUAUUUCAGUCCAAGGGCCUUCGAUAAUGUGAAUUCCACAGCUAAUAAGACCCAGUAAAGAGGGGGUAAAAGAGACUAGAAAGGCAGAAACUUGGCUUCUUCAAGUAGUUGUAGGUAAAUCCCAGCUAUCUGUAUUUUCUUCUUCCUGUGCCUAUAUAAUAGAAUAUGAAGAUGUAUUCCAAAAGAUUAAAGGAAUGUAGAGGCAGAACUCUUUAAUAAUAAAAGAAAAAAUUCUAGGAUUGUUAAGCAGUUCCCAUUGUCUAAACAUAGCUUUAACCUGAAGCUAAAUGGCUUUGUGGGCGACAGUCUCAUUUUUAAUCAUUUUACUUUGACAGUAUGUGCUGGAGCUGAAAAUCUGUUGUCUUCUCCUUCCCUGAGCAGUGUUUAGACUUAACCAGAUCCACUUUUCAAAAUAACGGAAAGGUGGUAUGCCCUGCAUUCAGUCAGAGACUGAAGCAGUUUCAUAAAAGCAUUUGAGAUAUGUUUGGUAGAAUUUCCUUGGAAAUGUAGGAGUUCUUCUGUGUGUGUACUGGCUUUUAAUUGCAGUCAAACGCUAUUAAUCUGGAAUAAACAAGCAAAAAAGAUACCCUACCAACACACAGACACCACUCCCCCUCCCCAAAUAAUUGUUAUAGAUGUUUGUACCCUAAAACACUUACAUAGUACAUAUUUCAUUGAUAAGGCAUAUGACAUGUAUUAAUGUUUUGUUUAGGAGAAGGGAGUGUGUUGCCUGGGGAAAACAUUUAAACCACUAAAAUUUUUGAGACUUUAUCAAAAGAAAUCUUACUGUCAGGAUCUGAACAUGGCACAAUAUUCUGUUUGAUAGCUUUUCCAGAUAUUUUCAUAGUUUUAAAAAGCGUGCUGGGGAAGAUACUGCAUUCAAAUCUGAUUAAGUAUCUAGUAAACAAUUUUAGGUCUUAGUCUGAAAACUAUGUAAGGAACUGAUGGUAGUUCAAAACGGGUUAAUGAAUCUAGAUCAAAUAGUCUUUAAAACUGCCUGGUGAAAUUUCUUUUUAAAAAUGCUUUAAAUAGUCUGAAGUCUUCUCUGAUUGGAACAGGGGUAUGACAUAAAAGAUCACAAUUUGUAUCAUUAGGAUUUAUUUUGUAAAUGGGAGUCCAUAGCAUGGCUUGUUUCCUGCAAGUAGAGAAUAGAGUAGGUAGCCAAAGUUUAUGUGAGCAGCAUCCAUCAAAAAAAAAAAAAAAGUCCUUUUUUGUCUUCCCGUAGAGUUGAAAGCUUCCGUUACAAUAGCACGAUCUUUUACAGAAAAUCAUCUUCCAGGAAAUAUGCCAGCAGAGCAAAUAUUUCACUGGAUAUUUUAAAUGGUCUAAAAUUUCACCGUCACUUCAUGAUAAGUAAUGUAUGUUAUGAACUAUUAGUGAACUGUUACUGCUUGACCGGUAUUAAUCAGGGAUGAAAAAGCACAUUGUUUUAGGGUUUCUAAAUUAUUUACACUAGUAAAAUUCUUCAUUUCUUGUCCUAAAAGGUGUCUUACUGUUUCUGACAGAGAAAUUCUGAGGCAUGGUUGCAGUUCACUGGUAAGUGAACUGAUCACUCCUUUCAGCUCACUAAUGCUUGCUCAACAUGGUAGGAGGACAGAAGUAGUAAUUAAAAGUCUGUUAGCUGACUAGUAUGUUUUCUUACGUGUAGUGAGAGUGCAGAGGUUGAAUAAGUAUGGGAGAUACUAAAAUAUGAGAGAACUAAGUUGUUCUGUGCUGUGCAUCUUACAUUUUACUCUUCUUGAUAUAUAUUACCACUGUGAUAGGAAGUAAAUAUAAAAGCCUUUUUUUGUUUGUUUGUUUUUUAGUAGAACUUCAGUAAUGCACAUGGCAGUUUUUCAGGUGGCGAAGUAUCCAUAGAAACUCAAAACGUUAUGAAGAAGCAAGUUUGGUAUAUGAGCUUUAAGCGGUAAUAACCUGCCUGUUGUUGUGUAAGCCUCUUAGUUGGUGCAAGCUGGAUCUGUGGUUCAACAGCUGAAUGAUAAUGAGUUAAGCAUCUGCCAGAAAGUAUAGUUUCUAAUCUGGUAAUCUCAAUCUUUUGAUAACGAGCAAGUACACAAUUUCAGUUGUGUAAAUAUUUUUAUUUUCAGUGUAGUUUUUCUAAAGUGCUAAAAACUUCUCUAGAAAGUAUUUUUGACAAAUGGUUCCAAAGAAAUUCACAAUGAUGGUGAUUUUCGGUUAAAAAGAAAAAAAAUGCAAACCAGAAACCUUUUAUCCAUCUCAGUUUAAGGCUGAUACCAGUUUUUGUAAAAUCGACUUUGGAAAAGUUUGGAAAUCCAAUUGAAAGAGUUUGUCAUGUGGUAGUAACUGCGGUGCCCUUGCUAGUAUUUAAGGUGUAGAAAAUAAAGUACAAUUAAUAACAAGUAGCAAUGUCAGAAAUUCUGCAGCUAAGUAACUUCCAUCUCCAGUGUGUUACAAGGUUUUCUUAGAUAAAACCAGAUUGGUUUACUUCGUUUAUGCCUAAUCAGUUUAUAGGAAUAUUUAAGUGUCAAUUAUGAACAAACUCUUAGCAACAGAGCUCUUAAGCAGCAGUACUUGGGAGUGAUCAGUUUCUCAAGCUGGUGGCUUCAUCAGUGCCUUCUUAGAGUUGUCAUUUAACUCUGUUGCCUUGUCUGCAAGGAGUCUGGUUUAGUUGUCUUGCCAGUUGUGAACCAUAGUGUCGUGACACAAAGCACAGUCAUUUUCUAGACUGCUUUACAGCUAUGUAAAUUGGAACAAGAACUCUAAUCUAGCGUGAGCCAGCUUAGAUCACUGAGAAUUGGUUCCUGCGAAGAAAAAAAGAUUAAUAGCUUAGAAGUUGAAAGCUAACAUUGUACUGGGGUUUAAGAUUGCAGUUUUAUGUAAAAAAAUUGCAGUUACUCUAAUCUGGAGACACUACUGCUUUCUCCCCCGAUUUUUAUAUUUUUGUAGAAAGAACAACUGGCUUCAGCAGUGAUUGGCCAUGUAUCAGUGGUAAUACUUGCCUGAGCUUAUAUUUUACAGUAAUUGCUGCAAAGUUAACUGGGUUUCUUGGUUUGGUUAUUGGGUUUUUCCCCCUCUUUUAGAUAUAUCUGGAUAAGUUUUAUGGUACCCGCAUUUUAGCUGUUACUACCAGCAUUUCUUAGAAAUAGUUCUGAAGGGGAUAGGUAAUAAGUCUUUAUCAGUAGCAACACUUAAAUUACAUAGAAAAAUUGUAUGGGGUUUUGAGGAUUUUGAAAGAUCCUUGACAAUAAAAAAUAGAACUUGGUCAUCACUAAAAUUCAGUAGGACUGUCAGCUCUUGCAUUUCUGUAUUAGCUAGUGCAUGGAGACAGAAACAUGCUUUUGAGGGAUACUUUUGUGAUGCCAUUGUGCAAUGAAGUUCAAGUUAGCUAAAUGUGAGUAGCUUUUUGUUUUCUUAACUGGCCUGUUGCUUAUGCUUCAAAAUGUGAACCUGAAAAUGUUUUCACGGUGUAGUUCAAACAGCAAAGAGUGAUGGGUGUAUGAUAAUAUUGCUACCCAUUGUGCAAUUGUACCAUAUGCCUGGGGCAACAGUUGUAGUUUAACCAAAUAAUUAUAUAUAUUAGGACGAUAUUGUUGUCUUCUGUUGUUUUCUGGGAACUUGUUUAGCCACUAUGAAGAAAAACCCCUGAGCACAAUGUGAUCAAUACUUCAUAAUUAGUGGCAGGUGCUCUGCAGGCCAUAAUGAUGAACUGUCCUUGAAAAUCAUCAGGGAAUUAUUUUUUGCCAUUUUGCAGCUCCUUCAGGAGUUGCACAGCUGGCAGAGCAUAUUGCCCAUCACCACGCCAGACUUGGCAUUUGAAAGCCUGCCAGAUUGCUCUGUGCUGUUGCGCUAGCCAUGGGUCAGUGAUUUUCAACAGUAUGAAGAUAGUAAAUGUUCUAUUUUUUUUUUU